AUGACUUGGUUUUGUCCAUUUUGUAAUGAAAUUAAUCUACAAUAUAAUCCCGUCAUAUAUGAUUAUCCACAACUAAUAGGUUCUGGUAAAAGUUCUUCUCUGAGCAAAAGUGAAAUAAACGAAGAUAUUCAAAUGGAAAUUACUUUAACAUUACAUGUCGAACACGCUAAUAUAAUAGAUGAUGAUAUGGUGAUAGAAGACGUGACAGAUGACGAGAAGGAGGAUGAAUAUAACAUGUCAGAAGACAAAAUAUAUGAAGAUAAUAGCGAACUUGAAUUCGAGAAAUUUUUUGUAACUGAGGAUGAAUCUAAAAAAGAACUAGAAAUUGAAAUUGAUUGUGAAGAUUAUGAAGGAGCAUCAAUAGCGGAUGCUUAUUGA